CGUUUUCACUUUGCCAACACCCACCCAAUUUUGUUUCACACUUCCCCAGGCCACACCACUGUUAAACCCCCUGCCUUUCUGCAUGCCCAUUUUUUCUUUUUAUUUAUCGAAAUUCACCAUUUGCAUUUUUGCAUCAUCAAUUAUAAUCUAGAACUAGAAUCAGAUGAAGGAAAAAAUGGAGGAGGUGGGUCCAACUGAGGAAAUACUUCAGGCAUUGUUGGAAUACAUGGUGGAGCCAUUGUUAGGGCACACUUGUUGCAAAUCAAAUGAAGUUCCAACACUUGAUCAACAACAAUCCAUGGCCAAACAGGUGCAUUCUGUUUUGUUGCUCUACAACUACUACUACAGGAAGCAAUAUCAAGACCAUAAACUAGAGUUUCUUGAUUUUACAUCAUUUUGCCAAUUGGCUGUAGUUCUGAAACCAAGUUUGAUGGCAUAUAUGAAAUUAAUGCAUCGAUCAGAUUACACAGAUGUGGACAAUUUGGAAAGCCAACUUUCACUCACUGAGCAGGCAAUUAUGAGGGCAUGUGAUGUAUCUUCGACGCUGGAUGCUGCAGAAGUUGUUCCGCUAUCACAGAAAUGGCCUACUUCGAAAGUUGCUGUAUUCUUAGUUGACUCAAAGAGGGAGAAUUGCUUGCUCGUGCGUAGUUCUAUGACUGGUGCAGUUUGGUCCAUUAUUGAAAAACAUCUUGAUGGCUCCUCAGGUUAUCUUUUUGAUUCAAAGUACAAAAGCAAAAAGAAAAGAGCUACUAAUAUACUUUCAAAUGCUGAUGGAGCAGGCCUCCAAGAGCUUGCGCUUUCCGCUGCCACAGAAGCUACAGGCAUCAAUAGAAGUGAUCUGGUUGUCCUAGAGAGCCACCUUGUAUAUUCCUUAGAUAAAGAAAAAGCAUCCGCUCGAUUAUAUCUUGUACAAUCCACUAAGUCGGUGAAUAAAGAUUUUAUGGUUCCUAUCCGGGACGUCAUUGAAAGCUUGCAGGGUCCUUUAAUCAAGAAAAAGACAAGUGAAUGGACAGUUGCUCCAGCUGUUGAGUAUCUUCACUUGCUUCCCUACGGAGAGAUUUUGUCAAAUUGGCAUUCUAGGUUAUCAAAUGGCUUGCAAGAUCUAAAUGUUGAAGUGGUAGCUGGUCAUGCAUAUGAUGUACAUAUUGGAGGUAGCUCCAGUGAGAAGGAAGUAAAUCAGGAGGACGUGGCUCAACCCACAAUUAAGUCGUGCAAUACUGAUUAUGAUGAUGAAAAGAUUGUUGAAGCGAAAAGAAGAAGAGGUGUGCAGGGAGUCUCUGCAGUAGGCCUGUCUCAGUUGGGUUCUCAACAUUCUGAGGAUGCAGUAGCCACUUUGGCUUCAAUGGAAUCUGCAAUAACACAAUCUGCCUUGAAUAUUCUUCGCUGGAAAAGAGAGAAACUGCAUUAUCAGCUACUCACUUUGGAAGAUGAGAUUGCAUUGUGUGAUAAAGCUAUUCAGACAGCAUUAAAGGAGGGUCAAAAUGUUUUUCCAUUGAAGAUUGGAGCUCUCAUAGAUGGCUGUAAUGACAUGUGUGUAAAAGGUGAAGGAGUUGGGGACAGUACCAAUCAACUGGUAGAAGACCAAUUUAUUGUUCAAUGUAGCAAAGGAAAAAGAUUGUCUGAGGCAAUUCCUACUUCACAAUACCAAUGUCAGCAACUGGAUCAACUGUGCUGCAGGAAUAAUUGGGUAUUGCCAGCAUAUCGAGUCUUUCCAUUUGAGGGUGGAUUUCUUGCCAAGGUCUUUGUGAAAGGUGCGGAUUCCGAAUUUAUCAGUGAAAGUAACAUAAGUGAGAGCCCCCGUCAAGCAAGGGAGUCUGCUGCUGCACACAUGAUUGCAAGACUAGCUCGCGUGUGAGACCAGAAUCAAUAGCUUUGCAUGGUUAUGGCUCUUUGCGAGUACCAAGAUCAGACCCUAACAUCUCAUGUUCAUGUGUAUAGUGAACGCGAGACGCUCAGAAGUAAAAUUAUCUAAACGACGUUCGUAAACGAUUGAUUAUAGUUAUGAAGAAAUGCUAACUUUUCUCGACUCUAAAGUUGGUAUUUGCUGUUGAUAAUGCUCUAUAGAGAUGGUGCCCUUAUCAGUUG